UCUCAGGACCCGCACCUGUUGGGGGCGUCGCCCCGAACGAACCGAACCCCGCCACCGGACGCCGAAGCACCGCCUCCAUGUCGCCGCCUCCCGACCUCGCAGACCGCUUCGAGGUCGAAGAUGACAAGGAAGAUGAUGGCAAUCUGAGAUUUGGAUUUGAGGAGGGUGAAGAUGCUGAGUACGAUGACUGGAACGACUACCUUGAGGAGGAUGACGAGUGCGAGGAUUGGGAAUCCUGCUGCAGCUCCAGUGAAGCCGGCUCCGAAAGCUUCCGGCUGUGGCCCGACCCCUACGACGAGGGCACCGAGGCGUCCAGUGCUCCAAGGACCCCGACACCGAGCUGCAUCGCCGAACAGCAGGUCUUUGACACGAGCGGCCUACAAUGGCAGGCCGGCUCGCUGUCCAUUGGCUUAAAGGUCGUGUGCUUAUCGCAACCACCUGCGGCCAGCGACAGUGAUGAGGCGGAGGGUGCACCCCUGAAAGGGGAUUUUCGCUGUGCACCGCCAUCCUAUUGGCAGCGACUCUAUGCGCAGUUCCAGGCCGCAGAGCCCGCCGAGCCGUGGCCGAUGGAAGUUCCGGCCGAAGUGCGCGCGCCCCGACCGGUGCCGCAAGGUGACUUCCGGUGCUGUCCGGACUCGUAUUGGGCAGCUUUCCACCAGAGGGUACGGCCCGCCGUGCGUCGUGCGACGACGGGUGCCUCGUGGGACGGCCGGGCCGGACGCGGCGUUGGAUCCUCCUCCGCCGAGGGCCCAGCGAAAGGCGACCCUAAGUCGCAGGCCUUUGGAAUCCUACGGGGGAUCUAUAUCGUUCCCAAUGUUUUUGGGGAGGGUUCUGUCACGUGCCCAUUGGUGGGGUGAUUGUGGAAUUGGUACAGUUUUCUCGCGGUUUCCUCCCGGGUUGG